AUGACUGGUCAUAAUACUGAAGACGCAAAACCAUUAUUUCAACGUUUACCAAAAUCUAUUGUACCAACACAUUAUGAUCUAACAAUUCAACCAAAUCUUGAUAAAUUUAAAUUUAAUGGAGAUGUUAAUAUACAUUUAAAAGUUCAAGAACCGACAAGUAGUAUUGUACUUUAUGCAGCUGAGCUAGAAGUUGAUAAUGCUAAAGUAAAAUCAACUUCAAAAGAUGAACAAGAAGGUAAAAUUGAAUAUGAUAAAGAAGGUGAACGUAUUACAGUCAAUUUCGAUAAGAAACUUGAAACAGGUGAUUAUGAAUUAGCAUUAAAAUUUGUUGGCGAAAUAAAUAAUCGUAUGCGUGGUUUCUAUCGAAAUAAAUAUACAACACCCGAUGGUAGUGAAGUUCGUUAUGGAGCUAGUACACAAUUUGAACCUGCUGAUUGUCGACGAGCAUUUCCAUGUUGGGAUGAGCCAAAUUUUAAAGCUACAUUUGAUAUUACUUUAAUUACACCGAAAAAUCUUCGUGCUAUUUCAAAUAUGCCGAUUAAAUCCGAAAAUGAAUAUGCCGAUGAUAAAGAAUGGAAAAUAACAAAAUUUGAUCGUACACCAAUAAUGAGUACAUAUCUUGUGGCGUAUGUUGUUGGUGAAUAUGAUUAUGUUGAAACAAAAGAUUCAAAUGGUGUUAGUAUGAGAGUUUAUACAUCAGUUGGAAAAAAAGAACAUGGACAAUUUGCAUUAGAUACUGCAGCAAAAGUUCUUCCAUUUUAUGCUGAUUAUUUUGAUGUCAAAUAUCCAAUUGCUAAAGCUGAUCAAAUCGCUAUUUCAGAUUUUGCAAUGGGAGCAAUGGAAAAUUGGGGUUUAAUAACUUAUCGUGAAACAGCACUUUUAAUUGAUCCGAAAUUUUCAUCCAUGGAUACACGACAACGUGUUGCUAUUGUUGUUGCUCAUGAACUUGCACAUCAAUGGUUUGGUAAUUUAGUAACUAUGGAUUGGUGGACUGAUUUAUGGCUUAAUGAAGGAUUUGCAACAUGGAUUGAAUAUUUAGCUGUUGAUAAAUGUUAUCCAGAAUUUGAUAUUUGGACACAAUUUGUUGCCGAUACAUUUGCAAGAUUUCUUAUACCAGAUGCCUUAAAAUCAUCGCAUCCUAUUGAAGUGCCUAUUGGUCAUCCGGCUGAAAUCGAUGAAAUAUUUGAUGCUAUAUCAUAUUCAAAAGGUUCAUCAGUUAUUCGUAUGUUACAUGAUUACAUUGGUGAUGAUGCUUUCCGCAAAGGACUUCAUAAUUAUUUAACGGAAUAUACUUAUAAAAAUACAAUUACAGAAAAUCUUUGGUCACAUUUGGCUAAAGCUUCAAAUAAACCAGUUAAUGAAGUUAUGUCAUCAUGGACACUUCAAAUGGUAUGUUGA